UUUGUCGAAUUUCCACUAAACCCAAACAAGUUAAUUGAGUUUCUUUAUGUUCCGUACACAGAUUCUAACGGAAUAGCUCCUCCAUUUCUUCACUGCUGUAAGAGAUCUUUGAAACUACUAUGGAAUCUCGUCUUACACUUUAAUUUAUCUGGGCAAGUGGUUCGAAAGUAUUAAGACUUCCUUUCUGGUUCAUUAUUUCUCGUGAUGUUCCUUCGUUGAUGCAUAUCUGAUGGGCGAUGAGACGUGUGAAAGAAAGUAGACCUUGACAAUGAGAACAGUCAAAUGUGUGAUAGUUGGAGACGAAGAUGUGGACAAGAGAGAGCUGUUCUUACAAUACACUGCGUCGUUGAAUGCCGAAGUGGAAACAGCUAACGUGACAGAGGAAGAUGGAUCUAGCAGUGACGUCAGCAGGAAGGGUGUUCACUCGAAGGGCACAGUGCCGCAAGAAGUAUUUGAAAACGGAGACAUAGGUGUAGAGGGUGAAGACGAAUCUAACAAACGUCAUCCGCAUUUUCAAGUGAUUCACCUUAGCUCCGAAAAAGGGAGCAUAUCAAGCGUGGAAUCUCACCAGGACUCCAUCGACCAGUGGACAGGCGUGGUUACCGUAUCAGGCAAGCAUUAUCUGUUAGAUCUGCGCGACGCUCAUUGCGAAGAGGCCUAUGAUAAUAUUAGACCGGACACGUACUCUGACACGGACGUUUUUCUGGUUUGUUUCUCUGUCGUUCGCUCCAUCUCAUGGGAGAACGCUCUGAACAAAUGGAUUCCUGAAAUUCGACUGCACUGCCCUGUAACUCCUUUCAUUUUAGUUGGUACUCAGACGGAAUGGAGAGAGCUCUGGGACGAGAGAGACGCGUCAAAGAAACCGGUUUUUCAUGUCACAGGAACCGGUUAUGCGCAGCAGGUGGGAGCCGUAAAGUAUUUAGAGUUUGCUUUAGGAGAUAAUGAAGUCAGAGAGGUUUUCAACGCAGCUGUGCAAAUCAGUGUAAUGGAUAAAACGACGUUGUCUACUUUUCAUCCAGAUUUUGACAAAGAGGGAUCGAACUUGCUCCAUCGCGCUGCUAAAUGCAAUCAUGUUCCUUCCUUAGAAGCCCUUGUUGACUUUAUAGAUGUGAAUGCCAAAGACAAAGUGUUACACACUGCGAUAGACGUAGCGAUGAAAAAAGACAGCUUAGAUGCAAUCCGUUGUCUUCUCGAGAGUGGCUGUGAGUUUCCCAACCCACCAGACCCCUGGGAAAAGCGUUGCGAGUUCUGGUUCAGUGACGAGGACGAAGAUUCGGAACAUGUCGUGAACAGCAAUAUCACCGACUUCACCCGACAGGUGACGUUUUUUUACACGACUGCGUCACGUCGCCCACUCGCAAAGAUCCUUUUGAUUGGUCAGAACGGAACGGAAGUGGCAAACUUUGUGAACGAGACCGUCCCCAUGCUUCCGGUGAGGUCACUGACUAUUUUAAAUUCAGAGGGUCCAUCUUUGUUCGACUUCUCACAGAUCCAGUCCUGCUUUGAGUCCUUAACGGUAACAAAUUGUGAUUUCGGCUCUGCAGAGCUACCAGGGACCCUAUACUCAGUAGUGAGCAUGAAAAGUUUGUGUGUCGUCAAAUGUGGCGUAUCGCGUCUGUCUGAACAACUGGGCGAGCUCAAAAGUCUGCAACGUUUGCGGUUAAGUGGCAACAAGAUAAGGAAACUCCCUGACACGAUUUCUCGGCUGCAGAAGUUGAAGUACAUACAUUGUGAUCGGAAUGCACUCGAAAACUUGCCAGACACACUUGGAUGCUUGGGCUCCCUGGAAAGUCUGGACUUGACCAGUAACAAACUGGAGAAAUUGUCUGCAUCGAUUGGCCUACUGAACAGGUUGCAAUUUCUCGGGAUUACAAGAAAUCGCCUCAAAUUCCCACCGAGUCACAUCCUGAACAAAGGAACUGAAAGCAUUUUGGAGUUUCUGAGUGGAUUCUUGGACGAUCCUGUGUCUAACAACCAAAUUAAGGUGAUUGUUGUCGGAGGAAAUGGCGUAGGAAAGACCUCACUUGUAAAGGGUUUGAGUCAUACCAAAGAUUGGCGAAUAAGCGGGGUCGGUCCGACCACUACGACUGAUGGACUCGAAAUAUCUUCCGUGAAUGUGAUGAAUUCCAAAUUGAAAGUCUUUGAUUUAGGAGGAGAUGAAUCCUUUUUCAGCUCGCAUCACUUUUUCCUGUCAGAGAACACUCUUUAUCAAGUCGUUUUUGAUAUGAGCGCUUAUACAGUCACCAAGACCUCCUGUUCAGUUUAUCAGCUUGGAAGAGUCGACCUGUGGCUUCAAAUCAUCUUUUCGAGAGCUCCAAACUCUCACGUGAUGAUUGUCGGUACCCAUGCCGAUGACCCAAAACUCACCGAUGAUAUCCGCGUGCGCAUUCGUCAAGACAUCGAGAAUCUGUUGAGCAAGUAUCGUAGCGAGCACAGACGCCAGUUUGAGGGAGAAGCUGUGCCUCACUGCGGUCUUUGCGAAUCGACCCUUGUUUGCGAGAGCACGUCUACUGGCUCCUUAUUUUAUGUCCAGGAACAAGCUGUCCCUCAUGUUCCUGGGCUUGUUCCAUCGCCCUGUAUCCCACAUGUUGUGGGUUAUUAUGAAGUCAGCUGCCAAGGCCAGUUUCCCAAACAGUUCCUCAGGUCUAAAAAUCGGAGCAUGCAAAAGUUCAAAGUAGGCGUGGGUGCUAGCGCGUCCAUACUCCUCAACACAAAGGUCAGUUCCCGAAUCCCGCAGAAGUGCCUCUACGUACGGGACAGAAUACUAGAAAUGUGUAACGCAGAAAGUGAAUUGAAAAACUGGCCACUUCUUACUUACGACAGAUUGCGUGAAAUAGCGAACGGCUGUGGGGUGAAGCAAGAUUUUAAGCUUAAGGCACUGAUGACGUACUUUCAUUCUCAAGGAGAAAUCCUCUGGUACGAAGAUAUGCCAGAUAUUGGCGAUGUGAUCUUCAUCGACCCUCUGUGGCUGUCCAAACAGAUGUGUCUUCUCGUCAGGUCACCUUCGGGCGCGAGUUCGGGUUUGGACGGAAUAUUACGAAUCGACAACCUAGCGAAAACUUGGCCUGACGUUCCUGAAGGACAACGCUUUGCCAUGUUGACUUUGUUCAGAAAUGUAGGAUUGUGCUUUCCGUUGUCGAAAACUGAAGAUGUGGUUCCCUUCCAGUUACCGAUUGGGAGAGCAGACGAGGACACCUGGCCGACGAAGCCUUCGGAUAACCAACGACAGGUCAGCUGUGAGUUCCAUUUUAGCUUCCUUCCUCCAACCUUCUUCAGCGACCUGACGAUUGCCAUUAACAGGAGGAAACUGCCUAACAACUUUGACGUAGAGCCCAUGUUCUUUCGCUUCCAUAUGGUGUUCGCAACGACAUCGUUGGCCAGCAUGGGUUGCUCCCUCCACUGUAAAGAGAUGUCAGCGCAUCCUUUAGCAGAAAACCUAGACGUACAUAGGGUCAGCGUCGAGGGUGUACCAUUUGAGCACAAGCUGAAGGUGGUUAUACGUGGUCCAUCUCCUUGCUGUGUACUACCUGAUGUGAGAGCUGCGAUCAAAACAGUGGUUGAUACCCGGUAUCCUGGGAUACGUUACAUCAGGCACAUCAUUUGCACCGCGUGUGAACUCGCCGGGUUCAAGAAUCCUGCGCUGUUAAGCGAACUUGUCAAAGAUGGUAGUAACUAUUGUUCGUGGGGGCACAACCUCGGUGCAGAGGCUGCUGUCAUUCGUGGAGACAUUCCCCUGGUCUCACUUCCUUCUGAGCCACCGGCGAAGGGUGUGGUCAGGCUGGGGGUAUUUUUCGACGAGGCAGGCAAGAUUCUGGAGGACUGCUAUUGUCCAAGACUCCCAGCGGUGUUCCCGAUAGGCUUUCAAAGCCCGGCGUUCAAGAAGCGGCUUCGGGUCAACUCAGCUAUCAAAGAUGGUUACUCUGUGCAUUUUUUGUGCGAAUGUCCUGGAUACUGGCAUUUUACGGAAGGACCAGGCUUCCGAAUCCCAGACAUCCGAACUUUCUUGGACGUUUUUGGAGCACGUGCGUGCAAGCUUUUGAAACUUGCUUUUAUGCUUCGAAAUGACGACGCCCCAGACGGAUCUGACCCGGGACGUGUUCCGGUGAAGAUCAUCAUGGGCGAGGCAAACCUCCAUCACGUUCUCGUCACAGACAUCCAGGAUUUGUUAGAGCACUACUUUGUGGAAUUUCCCGAACUAAAGAACAGCUACACGGGUUUCAUGCAGGAAGACUUGGAAUUUGUACAGAGUUAUGAAGGGCUAAGUCGCGGAAAGAUGUGCAAACUGUUGGAGAUCUCACCUCAUUGGUGGAGAUUAGGACCCCUGAUCUGUACAUACAACAACAGAACCAAUGAACAUCUCUGGUUGUGUGAGAAGCAUGCAAUGUAAAGACGUUUGCGUGAGGACUACUAAGAAAUCGUUCAGACUGUUUUUAUUAAAUUAACUGACCUGUUACAGGUAAAUUAUCGAUCAGGUAGACUUGGAUCUAAUGGACAACGAUGAGCAAAGUUUAAUUUAGUUCAGUUUUAAUCUGAGCGUAGUCUUAAUAUAGUAGAUAACUUUGGAUUAAGAGCUCUCUCGCCUUGACGAAGUUAUCAACGUCACAUUUGAAUAAGGUGGGGGUGGGUGAGAGGGGAUGUUGGGUGUGCACACUGUGAAGAGGGGGGGGACGGUGGGGCGCACCCUGCGGAGAGGUAGAGAGUAGUGCAAUCAUAAUCACGAACUCGUCCACAACAGUCCCUCCGUAUUUUUAUAGCGUUCCUGGGAAAAGUUAUUUAUAUAUAUAUAUAUAUAUAUAUAUACGAAGAAAAAGUGCAAGGAAUACUAAACAGUUCGUAACAUCUGCAUAUUGCAAAGUCCACUAUCAAGGUUUGACUUGUAUUUCCCAUUAGUCAAUUCUCUCCCUCGCUCGCUCUUUCUCUUACCCCUCGUAGUGCUUGAAGUGCAUGAACUAGAAUAAUUAUUAAGACUUGUCAUUCGUAAAACCCAAGAUUUGUGGUAUCGAUCGCUAACGUACAGUUUAAGUUGGCUAGCGAAACUGGUGUGCCAAUUGACUACGGGCUCUAGAAAGGAGGCCUGCAAAAAGGUAUCAUUCCGUCAUCAAAGCAAUAAGAAGGCCAACCUUUAUACCGCAAGUAUUAGCCUUUUUGCGAUAAUUGCCCAUGGAUUUGUCAAUAAGAGUUAGUAAAAGGAUAGUUUUUGAAAAUAUUCAUUAAGAAUCGCUUGAAAUUCUGACUCAAAUGGUCAAAGCCACUAUUUUUGUAAAUAAGUUACAGUUUUGUGGAGAAUUGAUUGUACUUUUAUAUAUGUUACCUUGUGUAUCACCACAUAACACACGAUUGUAGAGGGAAUUUGCCACAAAAAGAAUAUUUUAAGAAA